AAAUUUCAGUUAUCUCUCAAAUUACUCUCUCAUAAUUUGCGUGUUCGGCUGCUGAAUAAAUAAAAUCUUGAAAGGAUGACAGUGCUGGAAACUGGUGAUGAAUUCUCGAAUGCAUUUAGCGAGCGAUAUGAACAAAGUGUUAUGGAUAAAUUUAUCAGCAUCAUUUUAUGCAGGGGUGAUUUAGCCAGGCAAAAACUUGAUGCAAAACCGGUUUCAUUUUUUCAACUGUUUCGAUUCGCUACAACAUACGAUCGGUUUAUGAUAGCAGUUGGCGUCUUCUUGGCUGUACUUUCAGGUAUAGGUCAACCGACGGUCUGUUUGAUUGGUGGUGAAUUAACAAAUAUUUUAUUGCUCACAAAAAAUUUUGAAAAAUCUGACGCGUUUUGGUAUCAGGCUUAUGUAUAUAUUUAUCUUUAUGCAUCAGUCGGAGUCUCAAUGGUUAUUGUCACCAUUACACAGUAUAUCUGCUUGAAAAAUGCAUCUUUAAAUAUAACAUGCACUAUGCGACAAGAAUAUAUGAAAUCAUUAUUGCGCCAAGAUGCGACAUGGUUGGAUCAACAAAAGAGUGGUACAUUGACUGCCCAACUUAAUGCAAAUAUAGAGAAAAUUAAGGAUGGUAUCAGUGAUAAAGUAGGCAUGAUAAUACGUGGUGUAGCAAUGUUUUUGACUUCUCUAGUCAUCGGAUUCAUCUAUGAAUGGCGGAUAACCUUGGUAAUGCUUGGCAUGGGACCUGCUUCUGCUGCGCUUCUGUCUAUCAUGGCUCGACAAGUAGAACGUUCAAGUGGCCCGCAAAUCAACGCUGAUGGUCGUGCUGCAGCAAUUCUCGAAGAAUCGAUCAUCAAUGUGAAAACAGUAGCUGCAUGUAAUGCACAGGAAACAAUGAUCGGACGAUACGCUGCAGCACUGAAAGUCUGUCGUAAAUUUGCAUUGCGCGCCUAUGCGUUCGCAGGUUUUUUCGACGGUCUCUUCUUCUUCGUUUUAUAUUUUUUCUUCGCUGCUGGCUUCUACUAUGGUGCCUAUUUGUAUCAAAUUCGUACAGUUACUAAUCCAGGAUUUAUAUUUACUGUUGCAAAUGUGAUUAUGUUCGGUUCCUACUACCUUGGUGUACUUAGCCCACACCUGAUGGCUGUACUUAAUGCACGAGUUGCCGCAGCUGUUAUCUACAAAAUAAUCGACCGAAAAUCAUCUACUGAUUCUAGUUCAACAAAUAGCAUAAAGCUGAACGAAGUGAAAGGUUUAGUAGAAUUUCGAAACGUUAAAUUUUCAUACCUAACAAGCAAAGAACACCUGGUUCUCAAUGGAUUAUCAUGGAUAGCAAAACCGGGUGAUACGGUAGCACUUGUGGGUCAUAGUGGAUGCGGUAAAAGUACAUCUAUUGGUUUACUAACUCGUCUAUACACCUGUAAUUCCGGUGCAGUCCUGAUUGAUGAAAUUAACGUACUUGAUAUCAAUAUCCACAGUUUGAGAAAUGUUGUUGGCGUCGUACAACAGGAACCGUUGUUAUUCACCGGGACAAUUAAGGAAAAUAUACUACUUGGCAAUCCUGAUCUUACGGAUCAAGAAAUCAUUGAUGCGUGCAAAACUGCGAAUGCGCAUGAUUUUAUUGAUAAAUUAAGUGAGGGUUACGAUACGAGGAUCGGCGCUGGAGGUAUACAACUAUCUGGUGGGCAAAAACAACGAAUAGCGAUUGCGCGAACGAUAGCUCGGAAUCCAAGAAUUCUGCUGCUAGAUGAAGCUACCAGUGCACUUGAUGCUGAAAGUGAAGCAAUGGUACAAAAUGCCCUUAAAAAGGCAUCUAUUGGACGUACAACAAUCGUCAUUGCGCAUCGAUUGUCAACAUUGCGUGAUUCUAAUCAAAUUAUCGUUCUUGACAAAGGUCAGGUCGCUGAAAUUGGCACUCACAAAGAGCUUUGCAAUCGAAAGGAUGGUAUUUACGCAUCACUGGUCAGAUCACAGCAGUUUGAGGAAAAGCGGAAUAUAUCACCUGUGACGGUUGAAGAACUUCCAUCACAAGCAUUUCAUAGAUCCUUUACUGGAAGUAGUCGCAACUCAUCAAAUUAUGGUAUAUUAUCAUCGAUGACACGAGGCAGUAUUAUUAGCGGUGAUAUGAAACGCGCAUCAAUUACUAAAGAACCAUCAGAAAAAAUUAUUGGACUUAAUGGAAAGAAAGAAAAUAAAUCAAAAGGUUUAUGGCAAUUAUACACGAACUGUAAUGGCAAUUACGGAAAGCUGAUAUUGGCGGUAUUGGCAUCAUUGCUUCGUGGAAUGGAAUUGCCAGCUUUCGUACUCAUUUUUAAUCUUGCAUUUGACGCAUUCGCACAGACGGAUUUGCGAUUAAUGAUGCGAAGAAUUUUGCCUGUUGUAAUUAUUUAUAUUGUAUUGGGCGCUGCAUGCAUAAUUGUUCUUUUUGUUGCGGCGUUUUCAUUUGGAUGGACAGCAGAAUGUGUUGUAGAUUUUCUACGCAUUCGAGCAUUCCGAAGUAUGCUUUAUCAAGAUGCUGCAUAUUUUGAUACGCCAUCUACAAGUCCUGCUGUGACUGUUACACGAAUAUCUGUUGAUGCUCCAAACAUUAAAGCGGCGCUCGAUCCGCGAAUGAUGCAAAUUGUGAAUAAUAUUGUGGCGAUUGUUGUGCUGAUUAUUGUUGCAGUAAUAUUUAAUUGGCAAAUUGGCCUUGUUGGUACUGGAAAUCUCCUGACACUCGUUAUGUUGCUGUUGCUUAUCGCACGUCAAAUGCAGAAGCUAAAUAAAUAUGCCAUAAAAGAAGAUCUUACCGGUCAAUUGGCAAUCGAAAUUGUGGAACAAAUACGAACAAUCCAACUGAUUACAAGAGAGGAGCACUUCCAUCGGGAAUAUAUCCGACAAAUCCAGGAAUUGUUGCGUGUGCAGAAGAAAAGUGGCCCAUAUGAAGCAGUACUUUUUGCCGUUGCAUCCUCCUUCCUGUUCUUCAGUGAUAUGUUAUCUUAUGCAACUGGCAUUGCAUUAAUCUAUUACGGAUACUCAACACCGAAUGAAAUUUUCACCGCUGCAAUAUCAAUUUCAACCAGCGGAUGGGCGAUAAUUAUGGUUGCCGGCUGUUUGAAUACAUUUAUCAUGGCAUCACCAGCUUCCGAUUCAUUAUUCCAGAUCAUCAAUACCGGAAGAAAACCUGACAUUAUUGAGAAGGGCUCACGUCCGAAAAUAAUGGGUGAUGUUGAAUUUAAGAAGGUGCACUUCUCGUAUCCAACAAGGCCGCAACGAAAUGUUCUUAACGGUCUUAAUUUAACAGCCUAUGCGGGACAAACGAUUGCUGUCACUGGACCAUCUGGAAGCGGCAAAAGUACCGUAAUCGCGUUGUUGGAGCGUUUUUAUCAAUUUAAUUCUGGACAACUGAAUUUGGAUGAUAAUUCGAUUACGAAAAUAUCACUACGUUACUUACGCGAACAAGUGGCACUGGUCAGUCAAGAACCAGUACUGUUCAGUGGCACAAUAGCAGAAAAUAUCUUACUUGGUACGACUGGUAAAACAAUGGAUGACGUACGUGAAGCUUGCAAAAUAGCUAAUGCUGUGGAUUUCAUUGAAGCUUCACCACAGGGCUAUGAUACGGAGGUUGGUGAACAUGGUGGGCAGUUGUCAGGUGGUCAAAAGCAACGCAUUGCUAUUGCUCGGGCGUUAAUUCGAAAUCCGAAGAUACUGUUACUUGAUGAGGCGACCAGUGCACUGGAUGCGGAAAGCGAAAAAAUAGUUCAAGCAGCACUGGAUGUGGUAAGUAGUGGCCGGACAUGUAUUAUAGUUGCACAUAGACUGUCAUCCAUUCAACACGCAAAUCAAAUAUUUUUCGUUGAAAAUGGACGAGUAGUCGAAGAAGGGACACAUCAGGAGCUUAUUGAACUAGAUGGGAAGUAUGCUGAUUUAAUUCGCAAACAAGAUUUGAAGUCUUGAUUGGUCAAUGAACAGAGAUGUAGUGAUGAUUUUAAGAGAAAAUAAGACAUUAGUAGCUUUAAAUCUAAUGGAAAUUUGUUAACCUUAAUGAGUCAAAAUCUGUCGCUUUACACUGCUCUUCUGUCAUUAUUAUCUGUACUGAUUCAUUUCUAAAUGAGUGUUAGCUUGCUUAUUUUGAAUUAACUAUAAGUUGUCCUUACCUCAUUCUUAGGAAAAGGUAGAACGAAAUGAAUUAUUUUACGGACAACUGAAUAGUCCUCAUUUUGUUACAUAGCUAUUGACCCUUUUUAGCAAGAUUACUAUUUCCGACAUUCACUUUGGC